AUGGAUGCAGCUCAGCGCGCUAAAGAUGCCACGAUGGACACAGCCCACCAGGCUCAAGGUGCUGCAUCUCGAGCAGCCAGACAAGUCGAAGAAGGUUUCGAAGAUGCUGGAACUCGAGCCGGUGAAAAUAUCGGAUCGGCCUAUGAUCGGGCAAAGAACUUGGUCACUCAGACCGGCGAUCAGGCGGAAGAACAAGCCCGACAGGCAAAAGCGCAGGCUGAAGAAGCUGCUAAUCAAGGGAAAGAACACGCCGGAUCCAUUUUGCAACGGGCAAAAGAGUGGGUGUCGGGAACGGGCCAUCAAGCUCAAGAGACGGCCCAACAAGCUAAAGAUUCUGCCUCUGAAGGAGCCCAACAGACUAGAGAAGGAACCGAAGAUGCCGCUAGACGAGCUCAGCAAGAAUCCGAAUCGUUGAUUGAGAAAGCCAAGGAUUGGAUAUCCGGAACUGGUGAACAUGUUAAAGGCAAAGCCAAACAAGCUGGGGAUUCCAUUAGCGAUACGGCCCAUCAAGCGAAAGAUUCCGCUUCCGGGGCUGCCCAUCAGUUGAAAGAAGGAGCUGAAAAUGUUGGCGAAAGAGGAAACGAGGAAGCUGGAUCGUUGUUCCAUCGGGCCAAAGAAUGGAUUUCUGGAGCAGGUGAUCAGGCCAAAGAAAGUGCCCAUCAAGCAGGUGAUCAAGCCUCCCAAUCGGCCCAGCAAGCCAAAGACGCUGCUUCGCGAGCAGGUAGCCAAGUGAAAGAAGGAGCCCGGGAUGCUGGAAAUCAAGGCAAAGAGAAAGCCGAAACUGUUUUCGAACAAGUGAAAGACUGGGUUACGGGAACUGGCAGCGAAGCGAUGGAUAAAGCCCAGCAAUCUGGUGAAAUGGCCAAGGAAAGAGCUCGUAAUCUGAAAGAAGGAACUAAAGAUGCUGGAAACCGAGGUGUAGACGAAGCUGGAAAUCUGCUGGAGCGAGCCAAGGAUUGGGUGGCCGGAACUGGCGAACAAGCUAAAGAGAAAGCCCAGCAAGCUGGCGGAUCAAUCAGCGACAAAGCCCAUCAGGUGAAGGAAGGAACCCAAGAUACUGCGCACCAGGGCAAAGAACAUGCCGAGUCGCUGUUGCAUCGCGCUAAAGAAUGGAUCACCGGAACUGGCGAACAGGCUAAAGAAACAGCCCAGCAGGCCGGCGAUACUGUUGCAGACUCGACCCGAAGAGCCCGGGAUACCGCUGCUGAUACUGCUCAUCAAGCGAAAGACAAAAUCUCUGGCGCUGCGGAACAAGGUAAAGAGAAGGCUGGAUCGGUUUACGAGCAAGCUAAAGACUGGGUGGCGGGCACACGGGACUCGGCAGAAGAAACGGCCCAGCAGGCCAGAGACAAAGCGUCUGAAGCUGCUGAACAAGGUAAAGAAAAGGCUGGAUCGGUGUUUGAGAAAGCCAAGGACUGGGUUACUGGCACACGGGACUCAGCAGAGGAAACGGCCCAACAGGUUAAAGACAAAGCAUCAGGAUUGUACGAUCAGGCUGGACAGACUAUCAAAGACAAGACGGGCCAAGUUCGUGACGACUCACGCGAAUCAAUGGAACAGGCGAAAGAUUCGGCUCCCGGAGUUGGUCACAAAAUCGAACAUGCCAUUCAUGGAUUGAUGGAAAAACUGCAUCUCGAACCACAUCAUCACGAUCAACCAUCUGUGGUGGUCAACGAGCCCAGACAGGAGAGAGCCGGAUCCCUUCUUCCGGGUGCAGAUGCUUCAAUGGAGCAAGAACUUGGAUCGAGUCAAUCAAUUGAGGAUGCCAAGUCUAGUGCUGAGAGACCUUCUACCUUUGCCAAGUUGAAGAAGCACGUCACUGGGCUCUUCAGCUCAAAUGAGGAGUUUGAGCCGAAUGAAGAUGCUUUGUCAGACACCACACUGUUGGAGGAUCGAGUGGCCAUAUAAGAUGUCAAAGAUUUCAUCAUCGAUUAUUAUUAAUUAAGAAAGAAAACAAUUUUGAUUUCCUCUAGUUUAUAGUUCAUAUUUUUAAACGAGUCAUUGUGUUAACAAGGAAAAUGUGUGUAAUACACGAACUUGAAAAGAUA